AGUGUUUUAUUUUGUUCCAUCGUUAAUUUCUAAGAUUCUUUUUGUUUUUUUUUUUUUUUUUUUUUGUUUAUCAAACCUUUUUCGGCUGUGAGUAGCAGGAGCUUCCAUUCUCCAAACUAUCGUCAACCCCCUCCCCCCUUCCUUAUUUAGUUAGGACCUGAUAACCUGGUAUUCCUCAAGCACCUGAAACUGGCAGCUAUUCUCUUUGUGUCUGUGUGUUUGGGGAGCUCUGUGACCACAGCUUAAGCACCACUCAGCCUUCUAGUCACCUAAGCCUAACUAAAGCCAGCCAGCUCAAGCCUGGUCCAGCCCAGUCCAGCCUGCUCCGAUCAUCUGGACAGGAUACUCAGUUCUGUGUGGACGUGAGGAAUAUGACUGCUGAGACUCUUAACUUCGGCCCAGAAUGGCUCCGUGCACUGUCCAGUGGGGGGAGUGUGACGUCUCCCCCUCCUUCCCCCGCCAUGCCAAAGUACAAGUUGGCCGAGUACCGCUACGGCCGAGAGGAGAUGUUAGCACUUUAUAUCAAAGACAACAAGGUCCCAGAGGACAUGCAGGAUAAGGAGUUUGCUGCUAUUCUGCAAGAUGAGCCCAUGCAGCCACUGGCACUGGUGCCUCUCACUGAGGAGGAGCAGAGGAACUUCUCCAUGUCUGUGAACAGUGUGGCGGUGCUGAGGCUCAUGGGAAAAGGGGUGGGCGGGGCUGCCCCAGCUGGAGUGGUCAGAGGACGAGGGGCCACGCGAGGUGGUCGAGGACGAGGUCGUGGUGAAGGUGGAUUCUACCAAAGAAGUAUUGAAGAAGCGGAGGUGGGUUUCGGACGCAGCGUCCGAGAGAUACACCGCAGCCAGAGCUGGGAUGACCGGGGUGAGCGUCGAUUUGAGAAGCCGCUGCGGCGGGAGGUGGGGCGUCCUGGCUUUGAAGAGACUGUGGGUCCCGUGGUUCCAGGAAGGAAGGAGUACACAAGGGCUGACAGCGAUAACUGGCGCAUCCUCCGGGAGGAGCAGGAGGAGGAGGAGGGGGUGGAGCCGGGCACUAACUGGAGACUUGCUGGAGCCCGCAGGGAUGUAUCCUCACUGAUGGCGGUCAACUCUUUGUCAGAUGGUGGUCCUCGCUCAGCAGGCUGGCGAGAGCAUACUGGUCCAGGGGAGAGUCGUCGUCGGAAGUUUGAUUUCGAUUUCCGGGACUCCGAGGGUCAUGGUGGUGGCCGCCGGCGUGCAGGCAGUGAGGGACAAGAGGAUGACAGGGAUGGCCUGCCAGAGUGGUGUACAGACGAGGAGGACGGGGAGAUGGGCACGUUUGACUCCUCUGGAGCUUUCAUGACUAUGAAGAAGGGUGGCAAGGAGACAAUCCUGGAGGACGAGUUUGAGUUUAAGGGGAUAGAGGAGGAAGAAGAAGAGGAGAACUUCGCUGACAUUGAGAGGAACAGUGCUGAAGGAGACAAAGACAAUGAGAGUAAAGAAUGUGGCUCUGCAGUAGGGGAAGGCGAGACAAAACCAGCGUCACCUUCCUCCUCUCCUCCAGCUCUCCAAAACUGUACACCUCCAACUCUGGAGCCUCGGUCCAGCAACGCUGGCCCAGCGGUGGACAAUUCUCAGCUAAACAACAGCCACCCUGUCAAGGCCAGCAGCAUGCCCAGUGAAGACAUGGCUCCGAUAGGGGGCUCCAAGGCCCAGCUGAGCCCUAGCGCCCCCACCUCUUCCAGUCUGCCUCCCCCACCCCCUUCCUCUGUUGCUCCUCUCCACCCUCCACCUGGAGGAGACGCAGAGGAUGACGAGGGCAUGAAGCACCUGCAGCAGGAGGCAGAGAGGAUGGUGGCAUCACUGCAGGACACUUCUUUGGAGGAGGAGUGUUUCACCCAGGCGCUGCAGCAGCAGGAGAGCAGGAACACAGCAGCUGCUCUGCCACUGUCUCAUGAGGCCGCCAUGAAGUGGUUCUACAAGGACCCACAGGGAGAGAUCCAGGGUCCAUUCACCACAGUGGAGAUGUGCGAGUGGUUCCAGGCUGGCUACUUCACCAUGACCCUUCUGGUGAAGCGGGGCUGCGACGAGGGCUUCCAACCCCUUGGCGACGUCAUCAAGAUGUGGGGCCGCGUGCCCUUCGCCCCAGGGCCCUCCCCGCCGCCCCUGCUGGUGAGACAGCCACCAACAACGCAGCGCCCGCAGCCCACCCGAGGGCCCGCCGGGACUGUGAGUCAGAGCUCAGCCAACGUAGAGGAUGGGGAGGGGAGGAUGCAGAGGAGAGGGAAGAUUGAUAGACAGGUUACGGGAAACCUGGACCAGGACCGACUGAAAAAGCAACAGGAGCUGGCGGCAGCAGCUCUUUAUCAGCAGCUCCAACAGCAGCAGCUAUUCCAGCUCAUUAACAGGUGCAGUGAGCAGGGUAUGAUGCCUUCGAUGAACAGGUCGAUGUCAGUGCCAGAUACAGGGUCCAUGUGGGACAUGCAUACCUCAGCUUCACAGCCGUCAGGCGGUGAAGCCAGUCUUUGGGACAUAACAAUGAAUCCUUCUACUCAGGGUCCAACUCUCGAACAGCUUCAAAAGCUCCAGCAGGAGAGGCGAGACGCUGAACUCAGGGCAAAGCGCGAGGAGGAGGAGCAGCGUAAGAGGAGGGAGGAGAAGAGGAGGCAACAGGAGGAGCAAAAGAGGAGGGAUGAGGAGGAGCUCUUCAGACGCAAGCAGUGUCGUCAGCAGCAGGAACUGAUCAUGAAGUUGCUGCAGCAGGCCCCCCAGCAGCAGGGUCCUGGGGCAAGCGGCUCAGGCUGGAGCGGGGCUCCCUCCUCUGGGCUAUCCAAAUCAGGAAAGCCCCCGGCUCUGGCUCUGCUGGAAAUGCAGCAGGAGGCAGAGAGGCUCCUGAAGCAGCAGCAGCAACAGAGACAGCAGCAGAGAGACCGCCACUCCGGCAUGUCAAUGGGGAGCUCCUCCAUGGGAGGGCAGUGGGUGGAUGGUGUUGGUAUGUGGGGUGGGCCUGGAGGUAUGGAGGGUAAGGGCGGCAGUGGAAGCUCUUCAGGCAGCAUGGGCAUGUGGGACGAGGCUGUGAAGAACCAAACCGGCCUGCGUGGCAACAGCAACAACAACAUGGGCUUGAAGAACAGCCGCAGCAGCCCUUCACUCAGUGAUCAGUACAUGAUGCGUCGUAAGCGGACGGAAGAGGAGGAGAAGCUGCUGAAGCUGCUGCAGGGCAUGAAGCCUCAGGACGGCUUCACUACCUGGUGUGAACAGAUGCUGCACGCUCUCAACACCUCUGCCAACAACUCCUCGUCCUCUCUGGAUGUUGCCACAAUUGUGGCAUACCUGAAGGAGGUGGAGUCUCCCUAUGCAGUACUGGACUUCAUCCGGUCCUAUCUAGGGGACACAGUGGAAGCCAAAGAGUUCGCCAAACAGUUUCUGGAGCGACGUGCCAAACAGAAAGCCAACCAACAGAGACAGCAGCAGCAGCAGUUAUCAAAGGAAGUGGCUGGAUUGAACAUGAACUUCCCUCUGCAGGACUCAAUGCGAGGUAUGAAUCCAAGCACCCUGCAGUCCAUGUUUCAAGCUAACCACAUGGGCAAGGCUGGUCUCUAUGACAACCAGGGGGGAAAGAUGAAGAAGAAACAGCCCAUGAUGCUGCACUCUGACCCCAGCAUCUUAGGGUACUCAUUCCACAACACGGGCGAGUGUCUGAGCCUGAAUGAGAUGGAGAUGGAGGAUUACUGAUGUGACGCAGCGCAGCAGCAAUAGCUACCUGAGGCCUUCUGUCUUUUAAUCAGACAAACCUGAUAACGAAUGUGCACUGCUGGGGGUAC